GCCCGCUGCAGUGGCCGCGUCUCCGAGCAACAUGGCCGACAGCAAGGCCAAGUCUGCCAAGGCCGCCAACAGGACACCCCCCAAGUCCCCGGGGGACCCCGCAAAGGACAGGGCAGCCAAGAGGCUGUCGCUGGAGUCGGAGGGGGCCGGUGAGGGGGCGGCUGCUGCGGCGCCGGAGCUCAGCGCCUUGGAGGAGGCCUUCCGGCGCUUUGCCGUGCAUGGGGACACCAGGGCCACUGGGAAGGAGAUGCACGGCAAGAACUGGUCGAAGCUGUGUAAGGACUGCCAGGUCAUCGACGGGAAGAACGUGACCGUCACAGACGUGGACAUCGUCUUCAGCAAAAUCAAAGGGAAGUCCUGCCGGACCAUCACGUUCGAGCAGUUCAAGGAGGCGCUGGAAGAGCUCUCCAAGAAGAGAUUCAAGGACAAGAGCAGCGAAGAGGCCGUCCGUGAGGUGCACAGGCUCAUCGAGGGCAAGUCCCCGGUCAUCUCAGGGGUGACGAAAGCCAUCUCGUCACCCACCGUAUCGCGGCUCACGGACACGACCAAGUUCACGGGCUCCCACAAGGAGCGCUUCGACCCGUCGGGCCGGGGCAAGGGCAAGGCCGGCCGUGUGGACCUGGUGGACGAGUCAGGCUACGUGUCGGGCUACAAGCACGCGGGCACCUACGACCAGAAGGUGCAGGGGGGCAAGUAGCCAGCCCAGGAGCGGGCCCUCCUGCCGAGGCCUUCCCCACCUCACACUUCGUUACAUUCCUGUGCUCCCCGGUCAGAACUCAGGAGUCUGGGGCCCGGGUGGCUGUGGGGUGACCCCCCUGCCUGGGAGCCGGCGCGCUUCUCUCUGACCCCCAGCUGGGGCCCCUGAACUCACUGGCCUUUUGUAACUCCCCUGCCUCGUCCAGUGCCGGCCAUCAACACGUGGCCUUUUCCAGUGUCUCCCGGGAACAGACCACACCGGCCACCCGGCUUACAGACCAAAGGGCCACUGUCCAGGUGCCGGUGGGCCACGGGGGUGAGUGGGACAGACCCUGUCCGCGGUGGUGCCGACGGCCUGGCCCGCAGACCCCUCCCAGGAGCCUCGAGGGCGGCCAGAGCUAAGUCACUAACCGCACCGAGAAUGAACUGAACCCAGAACAGGACCGUGCGGGCGUGGGGAGGCGGGACCCGUGCUUGUAUGUGCACGCGCUUGCACACGCACGUCGUGUAACCAGAGGCUGGUGGGCAAAGGAGGAAGGGGGACCGGCGGGAGGCUCCUCAGGACCAAAGGGACGGUCUGGAGUGGGCGCCCGAGGACGUCCGGAUGCAAACUGCGGCCGGACGACUUGCUCGUUGCGCUUUUCUAAGAAGAAACGCGUUGAUUCUCAGCACAGCAGAGAGACCGGGAGUGCCCUGCAGCUGCCCCUCUCUCUCCUGCCGUCCACAUCUCUGGGGUCCACGCCUCCGGGGUCCGCGUCUCCGGGUCGGGAGCCGCUGCGGGCUGAGGCUUCCUGCGCAGGCACUCUGCUGGCAGGGGCGGGGGUCUGCGGCCCGGGGCCCUGCCCCGCACGUGGUGCCCCGGGGCUGUGGGUCGGCGUGGCUGCUCCCUCUUCGCUGGCACCCGCACCAGCUUCGGGGACUCCGCCUCCACGGUGAGUUCCCCCAGCCUCUCCCAACCCCCGCGAGGGCCGAAAACCACUCAACAGCCAGGCCAGGGGAGGGCCCGGAGGCCCACAGCGUUCGCUGGAAUUUGGUUUCUCCGUGAGGCUGAUCGAGGGCAGAGAACGGUGGCCCUACAGGGACGUGUCCCUUUGCAGAAGUGCAGCCACGCCCGCGAGUCACUGAUGGGGCUGUGCGGUCCUGGCACUGGUCCUGGGAAAGGCCGCAGCAGACUGAGGGAGAAGCUUCCGGAGCCCGCCUGCCCCACCGCUGUCACGUGCCUGGGGCAGCCAGCUGAAAAGACCAGCACUGUGACGCCAAGGCACAAUGGUCCCUGCUGGAGGCGGGGACGGUCCCCGCGCUCCCAUCGAGUGCGGCCCCUCCCCCAGGCUCCUUGCGCGUGGGUCCCCCCUCAGACCCCCGGCACAGCCUCAGCCCGGGGUUGGCAGUGGCCUCGCCAGCAGCUUCCCCCGGGGAUCAGGGGCUCGCCGGUGCGUUAAAGCAGGCUCCGAGUCACUUGUAAAACCCAUUGCACCGCUGUCCACUUUCUGCCCCGGGGAUCCCGAGCUUCCCGGCAAGGCCUCCACGCUGCGGCGGGAACCAGGACGGCAGGACUGCGUGCGUGCUGGGGGAGGGAGAAGCAGGCAGGACACGGGACCCCCACCCUGCGCCCACCCCCUGUCCUCUCCCAGGCUGGACCCUUUUGAGGACCCAGAGGCGAGGGGAGUGUGGGAAACGCACCUGCAGGCAACUGUGAAAGCAACACGGGUUUCUCCACGGCAAGCGUAUCACACACCAGAAAGCUCCGGGUCCAGAGCCGAAGUGGUUUUCCUUCGUGGUUGUGGCGCAGGCCUCCCCUCCGGGCCCCAUGAGGCACCGAGCACCAGGGGUGUGGGGCUCCUCCUCCUGCCCAUCACCAGCCGGGUCCCCACUGUCACAGUUGGUGAUGCGCGAGUCCAGCCAGACCUUGGCCCCCACAGUGUGCACGCCCGGCGGUGAGCCAAGGGAGGGGGGUCCCCGUGCCGCUGCCUGUAGAGGGAGUGGCUGUCCACCUGGCCCCUCUCGGCCCCCCUUACCCCCAGGAGACUGUCUCCUGUCCCAGAGCGGGGUCUCCAGGCAGAGCACCCCGGGAGACUGCAGUCUAAACAAAAGAAGCCACAGAGCUGUCCCCGGGGACCCUGCCACGGUGCCCGCCCCCCAGCGGGAGGCCCCAUUUAUACCACAAACCAGUGCCGCGGCCUGAUGGGAAACCAGUGGCUCACUUCUGACGGACGCUCCCAAGUGCGCCCCUGACCGUUCCAACAGCACCUUCCCUUUGGACUUGAGGGAGAACCGAGUGCACACAGCUUCCCCCGAACCCGCGGCACUGCGGCCCGGCUGGCCACACAGGUGCUGGGGUCUUGCCAGCUCCCCUGCCCGUCCCAAACCCGAGGCUCCUCAGACAGCACCCUCCCCCAGGCACGGCCCACCCGCCCCGCGUUAGGCAGGAGGGAGAGGUGGCAAAGACUCUGUCCCGAGGCUUCAGGAGUCACCACUCGGUCGGCUCGAAGUCACCCACGCCGUCCGUCCCUGCACUGCGUGCACACACGCACCCACGCAUGCGCCCCCGUCGGGGUCUGAGUAGCGAGGACACACAGGCAGGGUGUGUGUCUUUACCGCAUGUUUUUACGCUUCUACUAACCAUGGCUCCCUAAAAACCCCACGUCCAUCUGUGAAGAAAGGACAGCUUAGAGCAGGACACAUGGCAUGUUCUGUCCGGGGACUGGGCGGCAUCUCUGUGUCGGGAGGCAACCAGGAGCGGUCAGUAACACAGUCAGCUUGGCCGAAAGGAACUUCAGACCACGUACACAAGGUGUGCAUGCACAGUGGAGUGUUCUGACACCUCUGACAUCCUCAGCGCUGAGCUUGAGGCAGAGGAAAUCGUCUCAGAUGCGAGAAGCCGGGGACAGGGACGGGAGAAGGUGCGCUGCCCCGGCACCAGGUCUGGGCUGCUCUGCCUGCACGUCCCACGGUCGGAGCUCAGCACAGGCCACGGGCGCCGCUCUGACUGCUCGGGCGACAGGGGCUGUGGCUAUGGCAGAGGCUGGUGCCCCCUUCCCAGCCCCUGGACUCCCCCGAGCUCAGGCACGGUGUGUGGCUGCUUCUGUGCCACCCCAGGCGGCGGGGAGGAAACCCAACAUCUUCACCAUCUGGCCCUUUAUGGGGAAAGCAUGUGCUGGCCCUGCCCUGGGGACCCAGCCCAGCUCCCCUGUCCUGCAGCCCGCGCCACACAGGACCCCCCAUCGUCACCUGUCCCAUGCAGGCCAGGUUGACAAUUCAGCUGUACUGUGAAGUUACCAAUAGGAUAGAAUGUCCUUAAACCACUGACCCUGAUUAGCCCCCACCACUGAUUUACUACUGAACACUUGGCGGAACUGGGCGGUUCAGGGUGUGACCCUUGUCCACAGGCGUGUGAAGUGCGUGGCCCCAGGCAGGGCCGGGCAGUGGUCACCCUGACCUUUGAGAUGCUUUCUCUCUCCCUUUAGACUCUUGAAAAACCAGAUCAAGCCAAACAACAAAGGAAACCCGCACAACUUAAAAGAAACUUGAAAGGGAUCGUCUACUACUAGUUUGUACGAAGUUUUUUCAGGAAAGGGAAAUGAAUUUAUAUAUAUAUGCACUAUAUUUUUACACUGUUUUGUUAUCAUUAGGGAGUUCUGAGUGUGUCACUUUAUCAGCGCAAUGGUAAGUAGUGUCCCUGUCGUGGGUGUCCUGACUCAGAAAGGCACGUCUGUGGGCAUCUAAGAGCCGCACUCACCAGGAAUGUCCAUGGCAUCGGGGUGGCCCUCCUCUCCCUCCCCAGAGCGAGGCACGUGUCACCGACACUGUCAGAGCCGCCGUACGCCUGGCUUGCAAACCUUUAGUGAAACAGCUCGUGUCUGUCUGCGUAUUGCUCCUCCUGUGUUCGCUGCUGUUAACAUUGUGUGUCUGAUCGGUAAAGUGAUGAAUAAAGGUGUUGAAAUGUGGA